CCAUUUCGUCAUGCCGCGUCACUGACGCUUGUCCCGCGUCCUCGUUCACCUCCUCAUUGCCAUCCUCCUCUGCUUCCUCUUUCCCGUCGUUCUCCUUACUUGUACUUUCAUUAUCUCACGUCCACCCGCCCCUCUGCUCCUCUGCCUUCACUUGCUGGGCUACCGACGCAAUCUUGGCACCUUGACAUCGCUGGGUAGCUGUCCGUGACCAUGAAUAACCUCGCUGGUGCUAUUGGCGACCUGCUGGGGUCAAACCAGCGAGAUGACGAAGACGAAGACAUCAACACGCCUCUGAAACCCUCCAAGCAUGGCUCUAGACGCACCAAAACCAGAUCUGGUCGCUCGUCCACAACCUGUCUCACGAUCAGCUUGAUCGCCUUCGCAGCCGCCUUCAUCCUUUGCUUGAUCUUCUUGGCCACGUCCACAAUUUCUGAGGGUGCCUGGUUCAGCCAUUGGGGCUUUGGGGACACAUCAGCGGUCCGAACAAAUCGUCACAUUCAAAAUCAUGAUUGGAAGAGGACAGCAGGAGCCGAUAGGAUGGACACAUCGGGAUUGGAGAAGAAGAUCCAGCACCUUGAGCGAGAACUGCAAGCAGCCAAUAGAGGCCGACGGGCUGCUCAACCCCGUGCGGCAGCGCCACAUAAGACCAAGAAAGUUGACCCGUGGGGGCACGAAGAUUACGUGGAUGAAGUCGAGAAGAAGGAGAAGGCAGAAGAAGACAGCAUCAAUCGCAAGUUGUCAAAGGAAGACAAAGACUCUCUACACCUCGACACGGAGGGGUUGGACAAGAAGCACAGGAAUCUUUUGCGAGCAGAGAAAAAGGCGAUCGACAUGCAAAACGCGUAUGCUCGGAAAGCUGCAGCUAAAGAUUACAGCAGACGGCAGAAGGAAAUCGACGAGAUAAUGCCCUCCGACAUCGACUGUUGACUUCCCUCUCCCUAAUGUUGGUGCUGAUGUCGACACAGGCCCGGGCCCCAAUUGUCUCACUGCUGGGCAACAGAAGUUGAGUCCUAGGAAAUACAAGUUGAUUCACAAGCAUCCGCCAUGGCACAAGAAGUAUCCCAGUGAAUUUGACAACGUGCUCAAGCCCAGUGACUGGGUAAAGGUCUCAGGAAGGUCCGAUUACGCCAGGCAGAAGGCUGAGGUGGAUAGCAUGUUUGCGCCAGAGGCUAAAACCGACGGAAAAGGGGAAGCGAAAUCAAGCUGACAGAUAGAGAGCAGUAAAGCUUAAGAAAGGCAUGCUGUUUAUCAACAACUUGUUGGCUUGGAAAGAAGCCAACAUAUUUACAUCGUCGAAAACCCAAAGAUAAGCAAGUCACACACGUGCCUCCCGGCAACACUCAUCAGGGAAGCGAGAACGAAAUAGAGGCAUCAAUGCUGCCUAUGUAGAUGAUUUCACAUCAUUCUUCUUGUGGAUGGCUACUCGGAUGGCGCCUAUCCAAUCUUGUUUGGUCUUCAAUUGAUCGGCUCGCAGAAAAAGCUUAUCAGAAACCUGGAAAACCAAAGGAUGCUCCGACUCCAACACUUCCUGAAUCAUGGAUGUUUGGAGGUCCACUUUUUGCAAUUCCGCCAUGUUCUCGCUCGUUCCCAUCCACAUAUCUCCCGUAUCAUUGAUAGCAAAAAAUUUCUUGGUCCACCCAUUCUUGCCUGAAACAUGUUGGCAGCAGUCCAUCCAACCGAAGAGGACGUAAUCUUCUUCUAGAAGUUCAUCCGGCAGUUUGCUCUUGGCACUCGAAGGAUUCGACCAAGCCCGCUUCAGUAGUUCUCCUCGAAUCCCGCGCUUGUACCCGUUCAAGCUCUUUGAUCCAUGUUUAUUCCCAUCCCCAUCAAAGAGAGCAUGAUGAUCGGAAGACUUUCUGCUUCUAUCUGUGUUCAACCCCCCAAUGUGUGGAUCAGUUGUGAUCUGAUUCAUCGUCGAGUCUGGUGAGACCUUUGACUUACUUCGUUGAAAGGAAAACAGAUAGGAUGGAGGCGCCAGGCUGCACG